AUGAGGGCCCGUUCAACCUGGAUUGAGCGCGGCGCAGACGGUCGUGCUUACUUCGUCAGAGAAAAGUCAAAUAUACCCUCUGCGAAGGAGCUUCUUUCCCAGGCAUUGCUCCGCCGAAGCACUCGCUCACUCUUCUCAUCUAGGGACUCGCGUCAGAAUCACCACGUUCAGUGCGUCACUGCGACUGACGGUCCGCUUGCUCUGCCUGCGCCCACCUCGCCCGAUCCUCCCGCGGCUUCAGGCUCUCAUCCCGCUCCCCCAAUGGCUCCUACCUCUCACGCUCAACCGCAACCGGUCAACAUGUACCUACUUCCUCCCCAUCAUGGUCAAAAUCAAUCAGACUCCCGAGACAAUGCCCACGGCCACGAGUGUGCAGUGAAUCCCCAGACCCAAUUCAUCCCUGCUCCUAUUCCACCAGGAAUUUUUCCAAUCGGGCCAUUCCCGCCUCACCCAAUGGGACCUCAGCCCCCGACACUUUUCCCACCACCCCCAGUGCCAUUUGCAUCUCAAUCUCAGUCAUUCAUGGCUAUCCCAUCAAAUCUACCACCGGGCAUACCCGAAAACACAGCGUCGGCACAGACUCAACCUUACAGACCUCAGGUCACGCCCCAGGGCCCGAUAGUCACUCCGGCGGAUUCGAGGUACAAGUGUGAAAUAUGCGGGCGUUAUCGAUCUGCGCGCUAUCACUACAAGCAUCCCAUCCAACCAGGACAACUUCCAGGUAAAACAAUCUGUCGAAAAUGUAGAGAGGAGGCCACCGACAGUGAAGAUGAUGAUAGUUCAGACAGCGUCCAAUCGCCCAGGCCACGGCGUCACCAUUCGCGUGCCCUCCCGCGGCGAAGCUCCUCAACAUACAAGUCACAAAGACACCGAUCACGAAGUCGAGCUCGAUCAAGAGGCCGUCCCAAGCUAAUUGACUACGACAAUGAACCCUAUACCGACUCGAACUCGUCGAGCCUCGAAGAAGAGCCAUACACCAGCGGAAGGCGAAUGUAUCGGCGUCGUGAAACUGCAGACAAAAGCUUGAUCAGGCACACCCGGCGACUCCACCUGUCCCCUGUCGGGGAGCGCAUCUUCUUCGACGGAGAACGUGGAGGACGGAGGCAGCACUUUGAAGACGGUUUCAAAGACAGGAAAUAUGAAGAUGAGACUGCUAAGAGACUACGAUCACGCUCGAGACAGCCGACACCAGGUCCAAGAAUUCUCAGAAGACAGUACUCGGAUCCCUUUGUUGGGACACCACCAAUCGAAGAUCACAGAGCAAGACAACCACACUACUUUUGGGGAACACCGCAUGAUCGCCCACGAGUGGGAUAUUCGCCUCAACGUGGACCGACAUCCUUGCGGAGCAGAUACGCGUCUGUGCCUGUUCACCAUGUCACACAGCGCUCGCGGAGCGUUGAUGAUUCGGAGAAUGAUCAUGAAACUGACCGCCACAGACACCUACGUUUGCGAUCCAGAUCUGCGCAGCGCGGUUUGCGCCAUGGGAGGCAUAUGAUACACGAGCAUGAGGACGAAAGCCAGGAAGAGGAUGGUCAUCAAGAGGUUCAUGCGCCUAGCCCACCACCUCUUCGUUCGUCGUCCUUGGGAUACAUGGGGCAACCUGAACUUGGCGAGGAGGAGUGUCGGCAAGGUCGUCCCCGUAGAGGCCGACGCCGAAAGUCGCGGUCCCGAUCCCGGGAAGACGAGCUGUCGGGGUCUGGAAUCUUGAGGCCCGGGGAUGAAGUGACAGUGAUUGAGAGGCACGAGCCAAGAGCUAGGGAAGACUACGACUGGUAUGAUGGUGGUGGGAUGAGGGUCAGAGUGCGCGAAAUUUCCCGAUAA